CAAUUACACACGCCCCCACAUUCUUCUUCUCACUUCCAAUUCCUUCACUUCACCCGCUUAAAACCACCCCCUCAAGAGUGUAUAGUGUUUAAGCACUCUGAGACUGGGACACAACUUCUCAGAUAUACCUUAACGUAUGAAUGAAUGAAUGAGACAAAUAUGUUAGAGCCCAGAGCCAGAUUCACAGCAGCAGAUCUUCUUUCUCUGAUACUCAUUGUAAGCUCCUAUCUAAAGGCAGAAUCAGCCAUUGGAGUGAACUGGGGAACCAUUUCAUUCCACAGGCUGAAGCCCUCCACUGUGGUGGAUCUCCUCAAGGACAACAAGGUACAAAAAGUGAAGCUUUUUGAAGCAGAGCCAGAUGUUAUGAAGGCUCUCAUGGGGUCUGGGAUUCAGGUCAUGGUUGGAGUUCCCAAUGAGAUGCUGGCUGCCCUGGGCUCAUCCACUGUGGCCUCUGAUUUGUGGGUUCGCCAGAACGUCUCCAGAUAUAUGGGUAAAGUUGGUAUUGAUAUCAGGUAUGUUGCAGUAGGAAAUGAGCCCUUUCUUUCCAGUUACUCAGGUCAAUAUGAGCCCUAUGUCAUGCCUGCACUGCUCAACCUACAACAGUCCUUAGCCAAAGCAAAUCUUGCAGGAUAUGUAAAGCUGGUGGUCCCUUGCAAUGCUGAUGCCUAUGAGUCCGAUCUUCCUUCUCAAGGGGCAUUCCGACCCGAACUGGCCCAAAUUAUGACUCAACUUGUUUCGUUCCUCAACUCAAUUGGUUCCCCAUUUGUAGUAAAUAUCUAUCCAUUUCUAAGCCUCUACGGGAACUCGGAUUUCCCGCAAGAUUAUGCAUUCUUUGAGGGGACUACUCAUGCUGUUACAGAUGGAGCCAAUGUUUACUACAAUGCAUUUGAUGGAAAUUUUGACACUUUAGUUGCAGCACUCAGCAAAAUUGGAUAUGGUCAGAUGCCCAUAGUCAUUGGGGAGGUAGGUUGGCCUACAGAUGGAGCCAUCGGUGCAAAUCUCACUGCUGCAAGGGUUUUCAAUCAAGGGCUCAUAAAUCAUGUUCUAAGUAACCAAGGAACUCCACUGAGGCCAGGUGUCCCUCCCAUGGAUAUUUAUCUUUUCAGUCUACUUGAUGAAGGGGCAAAGAGCAUAAUUCCAGGAACCUUUGAGAGACAUUGGGGUAUUUUUUCCUUUGAUGGCCAAGCUAAAUAUCCACUAAACCUUGGUUUGGGCAGCAGAUUGUUAAAGAAUGCAAGGAAUGUUCAGUAUCUUCCAUCUAGAUGGUGUGUGGCAAAUCCAUCUACAGAUUUGUCUGAUGUGACGAACCACAUGAAAAUUGCCUGUGGUGUUGCGGAUUGCACCACACUUAACUAUGGGGGAUCAUGUAAUGGCAUUGGAGCAAAGGGAAACAUCUCAUAUGCAUUCAACAGUUACUAUCAGCUGCAAAUGCAAAAUUCGCAGAGCUGUGAUUUUGAUGGGCUUGGUAUGGUCACUUUCCUAGACCCUUCUGUUGGUGAUUGUAGGUUUCUUGUGGGCGUCACUGAUGUUAAGUCAUCAAGUUUUCGACCAGUUUGUAGGUGGGCCAUUCUUUGGGUUUUGUUUCUGUGGGGGCUUUGGGUCUUUGUAAUGUGAAAAGAGGUUUCCUUAGUGGGUUUUUUCACAGUUCCCUCUUCUGAAACUACGAAUGCAAAACAUAGGGGAUAGAAUACGAUAUUUCAUUAGAAAGGUUCAAAAUCAUUCCAGGUAGCUGAUUGACUGAUCGUAUUAUGUGAGAGAAAAAGUAAACGCAUAUGUAUUGAAUUAUUUAUAUAUACUUUUAUAUCCA